GUUAUUUCGGAGACACCAGAAUCGCUCACUCGAACGGUAGUGAAAUUCAAACAUGCCUAAGUUUUACUGUGACUACUGUGACACCUAUCUAACGCAUGACUCGCCGUCAGUAAGGAAAACUCACUGUAGUGGGCGAAAACACAAGGAAAAUGUGAAAGAUUAUUACCAGAAGUGGAUGGAGGAGCAAGCACAGAGUCUAAUUGAUAAAACGACUGCUGCAUUUCAACAAGGGAAGAUUCCUCCCUCACCUUUUCCUGGUGGACCUCCACCGGGUGGCCCGCCUCGUCCUGGAAUGUUGCCAACUCCACCAAUGGGAGGUCCACCUAUGAUGCCUAUGAUGGGACCUCCUCCACAUGGGAUGAUGCCUGGUGGACCUGGCAUGAGGCCACCGAUGGGAGGACCCAUGCAGAUGAUGCCAGGGCCACCACACAUGAUGCGUCAUCCCCGGCCCAUGAUGAUGCCAGUGAGGCCUGGUAUGAUGCGGCCCGACAGAUAAGACUGCAGAUAGUUUUUUUUUUUUUACUACCAACAAACUUGCUCGAUUGAAGACGAAUGGUUCUUGCAUUUUAAACAUUUUUUAUUUUAAAAACCUAAUAGUUUGUUUCUGUAACUGUUUCUGCAUUCUAGCAUUCUAGCAGUCUAUGUAGAAAUUUGUUCCUGCAAAAUAAAUCCUUGAUGUAGGUCAGAGUGAAGUCUUUUGUUUUCCUCAGUCAGCUUCUUGUCAUCACAUGUCACUCUAAUCUUCAACACAUUUUGUCCAGAUUUUUUGUUUUGUUUGUUUUUUAAGUAGUUUUUCGUUUUCUUUAAGCAUUGUAAUUUGUUGCAUUGUGUAAUAAAACUAUGAGAUAUGCUCUGCCU